GCUCGGAUCGUCUUUGUUAUUGUUAUUUUGCAAUCUUUGUACAUUUAGUGUAAAAGUGCAGUUGAUCUGUUAAAGGAUACGGAAAUCUGAGAGCCCUGGUGAUGUAAUGCGGUGAUUAUAGGCUCUGAUCUGUUCGAAGAGGAUAGUGAUGUGAUAUAUUGUGUGAAAAUUGGAUUUCUUUGAGGAAAUGUUGGCCUUUUGUGGAGAGAUCCAGUUCGUCUCAGGUGUCGAUAUCCCGCCAGUUGUCGUCACGAGGGGAGGGAACAAGCCGACUUUCCCCGUUGCAGCCUAUCAUCGAGAGGCAAGCUGGCGUUGCAGAGGCAGCCGACGGGAAAUAUCUGGUGCAUGUAGCUCGUCACUGAACUGGAAAACCUCCCACACGCUGUCCAGUUCAAAGCAGGCAGUUUGCAAUGGCGAUGGAGCAUACUCAUGUAACAGUUCAGAUUAUUUUUGUCGUCUUUUUUUGUGGGACUAUCUCUGCGUCACUUGCUUAGUGUUCUGUGUGACGUUUCCAUAUUCUCGCUAUACGAUCUUUGUUGCCUUUCUGUGUGUGUCAUGAUGAAUAUUUUGUGUUUCUUAUAUUUUCUAUCUUGUGUAUACUGUGGGCUUAUUUCGUGAAUGGUAUGAUGUAUGUUCUAAAUAACUCGUUCGU